UGGCUUGCCACAGAGAUCGGCGGCCCCUUCAACGGCUCCUGGCUCGCCCAGGUGUGCAACGAGACGACCUGGCGCUCCGACGUAGCCCUCCACAUGACGCACAGCCGCGGCGGCCUGGCCAACGUGCGCGGGACCAUCCUCGACUUCCUCCACUUUGCGAUUCGGACGGGCACGGCGCACCUCGUCCUCCCUUCGUACGUGAAGCGCACCGACACCAGCCUGGACUGGAUGGACGAGAGCAACGGGUACUGGCCCUUCUCGAACCUGUUCGACGACGUCUGGUUCCUGGACACGAUGAAGACGCACUGCCCGCAGGUGACCUUCUACGGCAACGUCACCGACGUCCCCGCCACGGCCUUUGUCGAGCCCGACUACGAGAUCCACACCGCGCGGCCCGACAAGAGGCCCGACGAGAGCAUCGCCGCCACGGCCGCACACUUUGCCGCCUGGCUCGCCGACAACCCGGCGGGCUACCAGCCGGGCCUGCUGAACCUCGUCAACGUCGGCGCCACCCUGUGGGCUUUUGACAUGAUGACCAGCCCGCGCAUGCGCCUCGUCCUGGGCCGCAUGUGCAAGAUCAACCCGCGCAUCCGCGAGCUCGCCGCCACGGCCACGUGGAACCUGCGCGGCCUGCACAACCUGUCCGAGACCCUCGACCCCCGUGACCAGAUCUACCAGGACGCCUUCUACGGCAUGCACCUGCGCACCGAGGCCGACGCCUCCACCGUCAACUGGGACAGCCAGUUUGGCGGCUUCGACAGCCAGACCGACAUCCACCUCGAGAAAUGCCAGGGCCUCGGGCUGCAGGUCAUCUAUGUGGCCAGCGGGAACCAGGAGGAUAUUGAGCGGUUCAAGGAAAAGGCCAUGGACAGGGCCAACAUCACCGUCGUGAGCAAGAAAGAUCUGAUCACGGACCCGGACGACCAGGCCGUUCUGGAUGGCAUGACUUGGGAUCAGCAUGGCGCGCUUGAUUGGGAGGUUCUUGCAAGGAGCACUUACUUUAGUGGACCUGUCAUGAGCAGUUUUUCUUGGAACCUGGCGUACAGGAGGAAC